GCGAGCUGAGGCAGGCAAGGUUGCGUGGAAAUGCGGGAAGGCGCCGAGUUAGCGGUCGUUCAGUUCUCUGUUUCGGGUCCCGUUCCGAUUAUUUAGUUCUUGUUCUUCUUCUUGUUAAGUCUCUUCAUCACGUUGGGCGUCAUCAACCCAGUCGAGUCCGAUUAUGGCAACCCGGCGUUAAGGUUUCAUUCUGGCGGUCCUUCUUCGCAGGCAGCGCGCGAGUGAGCCAUGGCUAAAAGGAGCUCCUUGUUUAUCCGAAUAGUGGAAGGGAAAAAUUUGCCCGCCAAAGACAUUACAGGUAGCAGUGACCCCUACUGUAUUGUGAAAAUUGACAAUGAAACAAUAAUUAGGACAGCCACGGUGUGGAAAACUCUCUUUCCCUUUUGGGGUGAAGAAUAUGAAGUCCACUUGUCUCCCAGUUUCCGUUGUGUAUCCUUCUACGUGAUGGAUGAAGAUGCAUUGAGCCGGGAUGACGUCAUUGGGAAGGUGUGCAUCCCCCAAAGUUUGUUGGCUGAGCAUCCGAAAGGCUACAGUGGUUGGUUGAACCUCACGGAAAUUGACCCUGAUGAGGAAGUGCAAGGAGAAAUCCACCUGCAGAUCGAGAUCGUCGGCAACGGUGCUGCAAGGAAGUUGCGCUGUGUUGUGUUUGAUGCCAGGGAUUUAGCUCGGAAAGAUCGGAAUGGAGCUUCUGAUCCUUUUGUCAGAGUCCGCUAUAAUAGCAAAAUUCAGGAGACUUCGGUGAUCAAAAAAUCGUGCUACCCCAGAUGGAACGAGACCUUUGAGUUUGACCUGGAUGAGUCAGCCGCAGAAAAGCUGUGUACUGUUGAAGUCUGGGAUUGGGAUCUUGUCAGCAGGAAUGAUUUUUUGGGGAAGGUGGUAUUCAAUAUCCAAAGGCUGAAGGCUGUCCAGCGAGAAGAAGGAUGGUUUUUGCUCCGCCCAGACAAAUCCAAACCAAGAUUGGAUGAAGGGAAUCUAGGCUCCUUACACCUCCAGGUGCAGCUUCGGGAUGAGAUAGUUCUGCCAUCCAUCUACUACCAGCCUCUUGUCGAGCUGUUGUGCCAGGAAGUGAAAGCAGGGAUAAAGAACAAGAAAGUGCACCUAAUAACCCUGAUUGAUGAGACCACAACAGCUGAAUGCAGACAGGAACUGGCGGUGAACCUAGUCAAGCUCUUCUUGGGCCAAGGCUUGAUUAAAGAGUUCUUGGACCUCCUCUUCAAACUGGAGCUGGACAGAACCUCUGAACCCAACACGUUGUUUCGGAGCAACUCUUUAGCUUCUAAGUCUAUGGAGUCAUUUCUGAAGGUAGCAGGUAUGCAAUACCUCCAUCGAAUCCUUAGGCCGUCAAUCAACCGAGUGUUUGAAGAGAAGAGAUACAUCGAACUAGAUCCCAGCAAAGUGGAAAGCAAAGAGAUCGGAUGUUCUAGCCUUCACCGGAUCCACAGUGAAAGUGAGGUGAUCCAGCAGAGCGGCCAACUCCUUCAGUCGUAUCUGACCGACCUACUGAACACCAUCACCAGGUCUGCCAAGAUGUGCCCUCCGGUCAUCCGUGCCACCUUUCAGCUCCUUUUCAAGAGAGUUGGAGAACAGUUCCCCGAGGAGAAAAAUCAGAAUGUGAAAUUCAUUGCCAUCACCAGCUUCCUCUGCCUACGAUUCUUCUCUCCAGCCAUUAUGUCCCCCAAACUCUUCCACCUUCGGGAGAAGCACGCCGAUGCUCACAUCAGCCGGGCUCUGCUUUUGCUGGCCAAGGCUGUCCAAAACGUGGGGAACAUGGACAACAGCAUCAGCCGCACCAAGGAAGCGUGGAUGGCCCCUCUGCAAGCCACCAUUCAACGCGGUGUGGCUCAGAUGAAGCAGUUCAUCCUGCAGCUCAUUGACAUUGAGGAGAAAGAUGAGUUAGACCUGCAGAAGCCCAUCUCCCUGCAACCUCAGGUUGUCAAAGAAGGGUACCUGUUCAUCCACAAGGCGAGAAGCAAGGGGCCUCUCCUCUCGUUCUCCUUUAAGAAGCUCUAUUUCUCAUUAACACAUGAGGCUCUCACCUGUGCCAAGACACCCAACUCUAAGAAAAGCUCCUUUGUGCCACUGAGUAGCAUCCGGGCAGCUGAGAAAGUCGAGGAGAAAAGUUUUGGUAUCUCUCAUGUCAUGCAGAUCAUCUACACUAAUGAUGCUGGGCAAGACGACACAGCUUACCUGCAGUGCAAGUGUGUGAACGAGCUGAGCCAGUGGCUCUCAGCCUUGCGGAAAGUCUGUGGGGACAACGCGGGAAUGCUAUGCUCCUACCACCCAGGAGUUUUCAGGGGAGACAAAUGGAGCUGCUGCCACCUAAAGGACAAAGCAGGUCUUGGUUGUGACAAAACCCGGCAUGGAGUUACUCUGCGGGAAUGGAACGAUCCCUUGGAUCCUGACUUAGAGGCUCAGCUGAUAUUCCAGCAUCUGCUUGCAACUCAAGAAAUAAUGAGGGAAAAGUAUAAAGAAUUGUCAAUUCUGGAGAAAAGUGAAAAAUAUCAGAGUGAAGAUCCUGAAAAUGCUGACUGUCCUUUCAGGCUUUUCCAGAUACUACACGAUUUAGAAGAAAUGUAUCAAAAGGAGGUUUCCAGGUCCACUGACAUGGCCCAGCAGAAUCAAAAUCACUUGGUGGAACUGCAGACGUGAUUCUCACACACACAGACACACACACACACACAAAUCAUUGGGGGUGGGCAAGCUCCACCUUUGCCCUGUUUAAGCAGAAUGGUUGCUACAUCCCCAGAAUGUCAACUACACAUUCUGGAUGCAAUUUUGUCCACUGAGAUGGAAUGGGAGGGACUGUCCCUUUGCUCGGAAGGUCCUAACCUCUCUUUUGGGACUUCUUCUGUAAUUCAGUUGUUCGGCCUCUGUAGUUUCUGUGGAUCAUUGAGAGUGGCUCUUUUAUCUCUGUUCAUCCACCAGAAUUGGACAAUUCUUUAAAAAAAAAAAGACUGUGUUUCUCUAUCUCAUGAUGCUUUUGAUAAUACACAACAGCAAUGCAUUUACUCUGUUGGGGGGGCUGGUAGGGUAAAGUUUCUGUGCCUUUCAUUCUUCCAUCUUUUUUCCUUCUGACUUUUCCUUACGUCGCUUUAAAAACACACACUGUUGCAUUAAGCAAGCAGCCUGGAUCUUGUGAAGUAGCAAGUCCCGUUUCCCACCUCAUCACAGAACUUUUUCACUAGCAGUGGAUUUCUUGAAGAAGCAACGUUUCUUUCGGAUUCUGAGCUCCAAUGCGUAGAAGAGCUGCCCUGAAUUAGAACAGGGUGAGAUUUGAACUUUUGGGAGCACCAUAAAACUGCAGCAAACUGCUCAAAGGUUAUACAAAAUCUGCAGCUGAAAGAUUUGAGUCAGGUGAUAGAGAGAAAGAGAGAAAAAAAGGUGCUUUUGUCUAAUUCUUUUUUUUUUUUGCAAGGGGAGAGCUAGGGGUCAUCCAGUAAGACAAAUGAAGGUGAGGUUCUUAAUAUAAGUAAGAGGAAAGAAGAAAUUGCUUCACAAUUUUUUUUAUCUUUGAUCCAACUCUGUCCCUUCAAGACCCCCAAACAUUGAAUGUACAAUAAAGCUUUUCUUUUUUUAAAUCAAGGACUCCA